CCAGGGGCUUUUCCCUCCCCUGCUCGUCCUCUUUCCCCAAAUGAAUUUUGGUUUGCUGUGAACCCUGUUUGGCUGAGGAACUGUUCUUGAUGGGGAAAUGUAGAUCUUGCCUACUCUGUGGCAGGAAAAGGCCUUUUCUUUCAUUUUGUAAGAAAGAGCACAGAGCUCCUCCUGCAUCUGCUCCAGCGAUGCCUGCAGCCCAGCACAGCCAGGUGAUGCCGUUCCCAAACUGCUCAGCCCCCAACACUGUGGUGGCCACAGCUGUGGGUGUCCUGCUGGGGCUGGAGUGCUGGCUGGGUCUGCUGGGCAACGCGGUGGCGCUGUGGACCUUCCUGUUCCGGGUCAGGGUGUGGAAGCCGUAUGCCGUCUACCUGCUCAACCUGGCCCUGGCUGACCUGCUGUUGGCCUCGUGUCUGCCGUUCCUGGCCAUCUUCUACCUGAGCCUCCAGGCUUGGCAUCUGGGCCACGUGGGCUGCUGGGCCCUUCGCUUCCUGCUGGACCUCAGCCGCGGCGUGGGGGUGGCCUUCCUGGCCGCCGUGGCCUUGGACCGGUACCUCCGUGUGGUCCACCGUCAGCUUAAGGUCAACCUGCUGUCUCCUCGGGCGGCCCUGGGGGUCUCGGGCCUCGUCUGGCUCCUGAUGGUCGCCCUCACCUGCCCAGGCUUGCUCAUCUCUGAGGCCGCCCAGAACUUCACCAGGUGCCACAGUUUCUACCCCACGGCAGAUGGCUCCUUCAGCGUCGUCUGGCAGGAAGCACUCUCCUGCCUUCAGUUUGUCCUCCCCUUUGGCCUCAUCGUGUUCUGCAAUGCAGGCAUCAUCAGAGCUCUCCAGAAAAGACUCCGGGAGCCUGAGAAACAGCCCAAGCUUCGGCGGGCCCAGGCACUGGUCACCGUGGUGGUGGUGCUGUUUACUCUAUGCUUUCUGCCCUGCUUCCUGACCAGAGUCCUGAUGCACAUCUUCCAGAAUCUGGGGAGCUUCAGGGCCCUGUGCGCAGUGGCUCAUACCUCGGAAGUCACGGGCAGCCUCACCUACCUGCACAGUGUGCUCAACCCCGUGGUGUACUGCUUCUCCAGCCCCACCUUCAGGAGCUCCUAUCGGAGGGUCUUCCACACCCUCCGAGGCAAAGGGCAGGCAGCAGAGCCCCCAGGUUUCAACCCCAGAGACUCCUAUUCCUGACAACAGCCAGCGUCCUCAACGCCCGUGUUUAUGAAACUACCUGAGACCUAAAUCAUAAUCACCCCUACUUUGGGAUUCUGGAAGAAGAGGAAAUCUUGAGACUGCAAUACAAGGAUCAGAGCAUAAACAUGGGCACAGUUGCUGCAGGUGUGGUCUUAUACUUUGUUGACCGGGAUGGUCCUCUGUGAUUUUACCUUGUAGAGUGACAAAUCAAAAUGAACAAGCCAGAACCUCCUCCUACCCAACUAUGAUGCAGAUCCAGUCGCUGAACUGAAAAGUCGGGCAGCUACUGCAUCUCCACACUUGAAGAAAUGUAAUUUGCUAAAUCAGUGAAGGAAGAGAAGAAAGCCAGGUGCUGGCAUCUUUCCAACUCUACUUGGUCUCAGCAAGUCACUUUCAUUUACUGUGCUUCAGUUUUAAAUGCAAAAAAAGCUAUGUUUUCUUCUCACCUGCUAUGCAGACUGGGGAUGACCGACAUCAGAAAGUGCCCUGGUUCUAAAAGGAGGCUCUGCUGUCUAUAAGGUACUGUUGUCCAUGCUAGGCUUUAUUUGGAGCAUAACGUUUUUGUUUUCAUAAAAUUUUGCUUCAUUUUUCUAGAUUAUACAUCAUGUUAAGGAAAAUGUAGUGAGUUCUCUAGUUUACUGUAAGAAACUUUUUCCUGAUACAUUUCUGGAAUUUGCCUCUAGAGCUGCUUUUUAAGUUUGAAUGCCUAAAAGGCUUUUGAAAUGUACUUUGCUUCCCCUGAUGUGAAAAAAGGGUCACAGAACUUUAUGCCUCCUGGGAGAAGUACAAAAUGUAAGAUAUCUCGUGGCGUUUGAAAUGGUCAUUUCUAACCCCGCUGGCACAGCUGGUGGACAACGGUACACGGGACCUGCCAGGGUUCCAUGGGCCACAGUGUGAAGCUGGGCAGGUGUCCAACCCCAGCCCCUGGAUGCCGUUACAAUGGCUCCAUCUUUUCAUCUCAUUCCUUGUGAAUUGUGUUCCAAAACUGAGUCUCAUGAUGAUGAUAAAAGAUUUCCAAAGUCA